AUGGCAUCCGACUCUCAGGGGCCGGUUGUGGUGGGCAUCUCCAUUGCCUUUGCGAUCGUUACUUUUGUGGUUAUCUAUCUGCGAAUGUUUGCUCGAGUCGUCGUUCUGGAACAUGUAGGAGUGGAUGAUUACCUAAUCCUCUGUGCAUGCCUUUUGUCCUGGGCUUUUAUCGCUGUAACUAUCGUCUCUGUCAAAAAGGGACUGGGCUCUCAUCUUGUUGAUGUGGAUAAGAACAACCUGCCCUCCUAUUCUUUCGUCGUAUGGCUCAGCUCGAUGUUCUACCUGGCCUGUCUGGGCUUCAUCAAAACAUCGGUCUGCUGGUUCUAUACGCGCAUCGGCGACAAGACGCUCACGCGAAUGUCCUUGAUCAUGAUGGGCAUCGUCGGCACCCAGGCUGCGGUGUUCGUCAUGGUUGCAGCCUUGCCGGGUCAUUGUGUUGGGAUCAAUAUCUUCUAUCUCUCCAACGCGGCCUUGAACAUCUUGACUAAUUUGCUCACCUACUCGCUGCCUAUCAACGUCCUCCUCAAGCUACAGAUGCCGCUCAAGCAGAAGUUUGCGCUUGGUUUCAUCCUCUGCCUGGGACUUUUUGCCUGCAUCUCCUCGAUCAUUCGCAUCACCUAUAUUCCCACCAUGCUAACCUCGGCCGAUUUCACCUACGCUAUCAGCGGCGCCAUGUACUGGUCCGUGAUCGAGACCAACGUCGGAAUCCUGGCCGCCUCUAUCCCCUCUUUCAAGGCGAUUGCCUCCCGCUUCCUGCCCCGACUCAUUGGCGAGUAUUCCUCUGGGCGCAAAUACGCAUCCUCCAAACUGACAGGAUCCAAACAAACACAUUGGGGAUUCUCACGAUUCAAAGACAGCGUGACAAUGAACUCACGGAGAACCAAGGAUGCCACGCUUGGUACAGGGUACGGCAGCAAUACAAGCGAGGAGCGGAUCGUGGUGCCGGACGGGAAGAUCUGGACUACAACGCAGAUCGAGACGAACGUUGAAAUAAGAAAUGCUAGGACCCGUUGA